CAUGCGCUUUACGGGAACGAUUCAGUUCUAGUGGUAGUUCGGUAACGCCGACUGAGGUUGCUGCUGCUCCCCCGUGAGUACUUUACUUGCUCUCUGCAGAGAUAAAAGCUUUCAAAUAUUAUCUUCAAGCUGUUGAGAUACAGUUGGACGCUUGCCUUCACAAAAUAAACCUCCUGAAAUCCCGUAACAUCAGGGCUGAAACACUGGUCUCAAUCAAAAGGAUGGCUGGAUUUCCAGUGUUAGUGGAAGGGCUGAAUGUCGACCUUGACACAGCUAAAAAUAAACUAGCCAUUUAUUUUCAAAGCAAGAGGAACUCAGGAGGAGGUGAAUGUGAAAUUAAGCCACAUCCUGAUCGAGCAAAAUUCCUGGUUUAUUUUGAAAGUGAGAAAGUGCAGAAAAAUGUUGCGAAUAGGAAAUGCCACACGGUGCAACUUUCAACUCGAAAUCCAGUCCAGCUUCAGGUCACAAUCUGUAAGGAGGACAAUGGUAAUGAAAGUUCUGAGAGGUUCAAUGGAGUGACACCUGGUACCGACAAUGUGCUAGACAUAGAACAAAGUCAAUUGUUGACCAGUCCAAACAAACUGAGUGGACAUUGUCAGAGCCUGCUGAAGCAAGUUCAAAUUCAAAAAUCCCCAUCUCUACAUCAAGAGUCAGCUUCAGAAUCAUUUUCUAACCAGCUGCUGGUGAGGAGCAACAGUCGUGUUGACAGAGAUGUUAUUGAGAUGUUUUUUGAAAGAUUUUCACCAGAUGUGGAAAUUUCUGUAAAAAGCGAAUGCUCUUGGAUUUUGACCUGCCGUAGACGUAAUGACCUUGAAAAAAUAAUUUCACAAGAGCAGUACACCAUCGCUGGCAACACUCUGAAUGUGCAAUUAUAUGAUAAACGCAAAGAAGAUGAGAAGUUUGAAUCCCGACAGUUUAUUCUGAAGGGUUUUGAUGAUAGCUCAAGGUUGCAACAUAUUUCACUUUACAUUGAUAGCCUCAGCAAUAAUGCAAUGCAUAAUAUUGAGCCUUUGCAAGAUGGUACAUCAGUAGUGGUCACAUUUACAACUGAUAUAGAUAGUAACAGUUUUGUGUGGAAUUGUUGCCAAAAACCAUUUGAAAAUAAUAACAUCACUGCCCAACGCCUGAGGAAGACUGAUUCUGUGCUGAUAGAAGGACUUCAUCCCAAUAUUAAUGAAGACUUGCUGGAUUUAUACUUUUCAAAUAACAUUCGCAGUGGUGGUGGAGAAAUAGCAGAAAUUCAUAUCAAAGCAUUUGAAGGAGUAGCUGUUCUACGGUUUCAUGAUCCCGAGGUGACGAAAAAUGUUGUGGAGAAGAAACAUUCCUUAAAGGAUUCCCAGCUGACUGUUUGUCGCUAUUACCCUGAUCUGCAACUAUCUUUGUAUGGAGCUAAUGGUCCGAAAGUCAAACUACAUGAAGAAUGCAGCAUCUGUGUCAAUCCCGUGCUUCUAAGCUAUAUCCAAACUAAUAUGCAUUACUAUAAUCGUGAGUUGGAACAAGUAUCAAAGGAUGUGUAUUGUAACAUUUCCUUUGCAGACUCUCCAAAUUCAGAGAAAAUAAGCCUGAAACCGUCUUUGGAUGCAAAUACAUUAUUGUGGUAUAAAAUUGCAAAUAAUUGGAAGAAGCAUGCCACAGUGGCAAUUCAGAAAUUUAUGGAAAGGUUUGAUUUCAAAGACUUUCAGGUAGAUCAAGACUUGUGGGAAAAUGUAAAGUGCAGAAGUAAUCAAUUUAAAUUACCUGGCUUGGUAAAUGUGGUUCACCUUCCAACAGAAAACAAGGUGGUUAUUGUCGGGGAAUCGAGCAAUGUUCUGGAUGCCUCCACAAAGUUGCAAGGCAUAUUGAAAAAGGUAAUAGAAGAAUUAGAAAAUGAAAGGAAUACUGUUGUAGAGAAAAUUCCAUUUGAGAGUUAUGAGGAGUUGGAGUUUCUGCAAACUAAUCUACAAGAUGAUAUUUCUUUUGUGGAAGUGUCCACAAACAUUGCUCCCCCUUUCAUAAAACUGAAAGGACUGAAAAAGAAAGUUGGCAAGGCUCACGGGAUCAUCAGCAACCUUCUUACCCAACUGGAAAGAAAGUCUCUCGAUCAAUCUUCUCACAUGAAAGAUUUUGUAAAAUCUCUAGAUCUCAAGAAAUUUGUGCAAACUCACUUUGUUAAAAGUGGACUUAAGGCCACGCUAUUGAAGAGGAAGUCUGUUGAACUCCUGGCUAUCAAGGCAGAUGUAAAGGAUGCGGAAGAUAAGAUGAAGCAGCUUUUCCACGAAGAAACAAUUAACAUUACUCCAGAGCAAAUCCAUGUCACCCAGGUUGACCAAUGGACAAAGUCCCUUCAUGAUUUGAAAAUGCAACAAUAUUCAACCUGCACAUUUGUGGAGGAGAAGAAUCCAGCUUCUGUAAUAAUUGUAGGAUUUUCAAACAAUGUUUCAGAUGCUGCAAAAAUACUGAGAAGUGUUUUAAAUGAAGAGCAGAUCACCAUGAGGUUCAUUUCUACAGAAAAUAUCCUAGUAGACUAUAUGGAAAAUUUCUCAAUUCUCCAUGAACUACCCGAAGUCCAAAGCCAAGGAGUCACCAUUUUAUUUGUCAGAACACCCAAGUCGGGUUUGCAAGUAUUUGGUAGAGCAAAACAAAUGGAAAAUGCUGUUUCUGCUAUUACAGAUAGUUUAUCGCUUGUUUGUAAACAGACCCUCACCUACUGCAAUGCAGGAGAAACCAAUGCCCUCACCAAGCACAUAGGUACUCUACAAGAUAAGGCUAAAAUUCAUGACUGCCUGUUGCUCAUUAACAUCAAAGAAGAAUUGCGGAGCAAGGCAGACCUUUUAAAGCAUGUUGCUAAAUCAAAUGGUGAAGACCAUGAGCUGCCGGCUAAUUUGCUUAUAGAUCCUCGAUCAGAUGGUAAUAUCGUUGCUACUAGUGAUGGCCAGCAGCGAUGUCGAGUUUCUAUAUAUUUGCCAUCGUUAAGACACCCAGAUGCCGACGGACAAUCUGUAAAAGAGGACCAUCAGUUGAAAAUUCAAAAUGCUAUUGUAAAGGUGAAGAAGGGAGAUAUAACCAUGGAAGUUGUGGAUGCUAUAGUAAAUUCCACAAAUAAUACUAUGGAUUUCAAUUUCGGUGUCUCUAAAGCGAUAUUGGAAAAAGCUGGUCAGUCUGUCAGGGAUGAAUGCUUCGAUUGUGGGAUUUUGGCUGACGAAGAUGUAGUAGUAACUGGAAGCGGACUACUUUCCUGCAAUAACAUAAUACAUGUGGUCGGUCAAAGAGAUCCAGCUCUGAUAACAACCUUGGUGGAAAAUGUAUUGGAGGAAUGUGAAAAUAAAGGCAUCAGCACAAUAUCGUUUCCUGCUCUGGGAACAGGUGCAGGCAACAUCAAUCCAGAGGACUCUGCUGAAAGCAUGUUGAAUGGAUUUGAAAACCAUUUGAUUCGAAACCCAACAUCAGUUAUUAGAUUAAUUCAUGUAGUUACAUUAGACCCUAAUGUGCACAAAGCUUUUAAAGAUGCCUUCAAUCAAAAUUCACAACUGGAAAUGCAAGAAACAGGAAUAAACAUUGGGACUGUAAUGGUGCUGGCUGUCCCAGGUGACAUUACAAAAGAAACAACUGAUGCAAUUGUAAACAGUACAAACAUCCACCUUAGUUUGGGCACAGGGGUUUCUAAAGCUAUUCUGACAGCCGGUGGCCAACCGUUGGUAGAUGAAUGUAAUAAACUAGGAGUUCAAAAUGAGGACAGUGUGAUUACCACGGGGGCUGGAAAUCUAAGUGUAAAAUAUGUAAUACAUUGGAUUAAAUGGGCUCAAACAAAUGACAUCAAGGCAUCUAUUGGCAGGAUUCUAAUAGAAUGUGAAAGACUGCAAAUAAGUUCUGUGUCUUUACCGGCGAUUGGAACAGGGGCUGGAAAACUAAACCCUGUUGACAUUGCAAAUGCACUUCUGGAUGCAAUAAGUGACCAUGUGAAGAAUUUUGUAAGACCUACUACGCUCACCUUGAUCAGAAUAAUAUUAUUCACUCCAGAAACGAGAAAUCUGUUUUGCCAGUGUAUGGAACAGCGUUUCAAAACUUGGAAAUGUGAUGUGCCAACAACUUCGUUAUUGAAUCACAGACACCAGAUCGCGCCAUUUAAAUCUGUUUAUCCAAUUAUUCUGAACACAAAAAAACUUUUGACUUCCACAGUUGAAAUAUAUGGCAUGACGGGUAGCAGUAUUGAAAUGGUUCGAGAGAAUGUUGAAAAUCUAAUUAAGGAACAUUGUAAAAGCAAAACAAUAGACAACAACGGUGGAGGCUGCUUAUCUCCCAAUCAAAUGCACCAAGUUGCAGAUCUCGUUGAAAAGCUGCAACUGAGAGUUGAGAUCCAGAAAGCCAACAUAGUAAUAAAUGGACAAACUGAUGAAGUUCUGGAUUUUAUUGUGAAAUUUAAUUCUAUGGUUCAAUCUGCCAAAGAACAAGAGUCCAGGAGGCAGGAAGAGGCUCAGAUAAAUGCCUUUGUGCAGUGGGAGUUUGUGCAUAAUGGAAAAUUUCAACGGUGUGAACAAUCUAUCAACUGUGACCUUGAGAAGUUUUUUCAGGAUAAGAAAGAAACUGCGAGGUUCCGGCAUAAUGGAGAAACGCUCACUGUUAACUUCAAGAAAAUGCAAGUUGAAGAUUUGAAAGGAAAUAUGACUAUUAUUAAGAGGCUUCUUGAAGGAGGCACAUUUGAACUCCCAGCAAGUUGGAGUGACAUGAGCAAUCAGGAAUUUGUAAAGGAGGUUGUUCGGAAAGGUACAUUGGAAUACAAUGAGGUGGCAGAAAAGUUCAAGAUGUCCUGUGAGCAAUAUGUGGUAAAAAUAAUCAAGAUUGAAAGGAUCCAGAAUCUCAAACUUUGGCAAAGUUAUUCCAUCAGAAAGAAAACGGUGGAAAGAAAGAUUCCUGGGGCAAACAUUGAGCAAAUUCUUUACCACGGAACUACCAGGGAAAUUCUCCAUAAAGUGAAUAAGACUGGUUUCAACAGAAGCUUUUGUGGAAGAAAUGCCACUUCGUAUGGAAAAGGAACUUACUUUGCCUUGAAAGCUGAUUAUUCAUGCAACAACACCUACUCCACUCCUGACAGAAACAAAUGUAAAUACAUCUAUCAGGCACGAGUGAUCACCGGGAAUAAAUGUUUUGGAACAGAAAGAAUGUUAGAGCCAGCACCAGUAAACGCACAUGGAGAUCCAACUGACCUAUGCGACUGCGCAGUAAAUGAUUUGAGAAAUCCCGCUAUUUUUGUUAUUUUUUGUGAUGAUGGGGCAUAUCCAGAAUACUUGAUAACCUUUGCAACAAGAGAUUGAGUCUGAAGCAGCCUAUUUUGCUGCAAUCGAUUCGAUACAGCGCUUUCAUUUUAUUUUGCACAUAGCUAGUUUAUUCAGCAUUCUAUGUUGCAAUAUCACCAUUAAUGAUUUGUUCUGUACAGGCUCAUGAAGCACAAUGCACUAACGUCCAAACUAAUGUGUUAUCAAAUAAUUAUAGAAGGUAAGAAAGAAUGUCUCCUUUUCGUAAUCAUGCUAAAAUAUUUAUUAUACCAUUAAAUAACGAAGAUUUAUUUAUAUUGAAGCAAAUUAAAGCUCCAAUUUUAACGGAAUUGGUGGGGGAGGGAGUGCAAUUUUAGAUUUGCCUUGAUCUUUGAAGAAUCAUGUCCUGGUGAUUUUGACUUUUAGGACUAAACAAUAUUCUCAUACCGACUCUUUCCCACGGCAAAUUGUAAUGCAAAGUAGGCUCGUAAUUUGAAAAUGCAAUCAAUCAAUCAAUGUAUAAAAUUAUGAGUGCCCUAGAAAGGAUAAGUAGGAAGAAUCUGCAUCCCAUGAUGGAAGGGUCAAAAACAAAGGGGCAGAAACUUAAAGGGAUUGAUAAAAUGAUUGGGGCAGUUGAAACUUUCACUCAGGGUUGUAGGGAUUCAAACUAGCUGUAUUAAGCAAUAUUGCUCGUGAAGCUGUGUGAUUUGCAGGGUUAAUGAAUCUAGUACUAUAAUGCCAGAUUGUCUUGCAGAGUGUUGUUUUCCAACCAACACAGAUUGAUUGGGCAACAUGUCACCCUCUAGUGUUAGAAAUUGUUCUGCUAUGUAUUAUGGAUAAUAUGCCAUUAUGAACAUUGUUAAAGUCAUUUGUUUUUUAUGAAUAUUCAAUAAAAUCUAAAUCUGUGUAUCUGA